GCGGGCGGAAGCCGGAGCCGGGAGAGCGCAGAGGGAGGAGGGGACGAGCGCCGGCCGCCGCCUCGCACCCCCAGCGCCCCCCCCCCGCCGCCGCCCGGCCGCGGCCGGAGCGCCCCGCCGCCAUGUCCAACAUGGAGAAACACCUGUUUAAUUUGAAGUUUGCUGCGAAGGAACUCAAUAGGAACUCAAAAAAAUGCGACAAAGAAGAAAAGGCUGAGAAAGCUAAAAUUAAGAAGGCAAUUCAGAAGGGUAACAUGGAAGUUGCACGAAUACAUGCAGAAAAUGCAAUCCGCCAGAAGAAUCAAGCCAUCAAUUUCUUGCGCAUGAGUGCCAGGGUAGAUGCUGUAGCAGCAAGAGUUCAGACUGCCGUGACAAUGGGCAAGGUAACAAAGUCGAUGGCAGGGGUAGUUAAGUCUAUGGAUGCCACUCUGAAGAGCAUGAACCUGGAAAAGAUAUCUGCUCUAAUGGAUAAAUUUGAACAUCAGUUUGAAACACUAGACGUUCAGACACAACAGAUGGAAGACACAAUGAGCAACACUACUACGCUAACAACACCACAAAACCAAGUAGAUAUGCUUCUACAGGAAAUGGCAGAUGAAGCAGGUCUUGAUCUGAACAUGGAACUACCUCAAGGACAGACAGGUUCUGUUGGUACAAGCGUUGCCUCAGCAGAACAGGAUGAGCUGUCACAGAGACUGGCCCGCCUACGUGAUCAAGUUUAAGUUCAUCUGAGCUGUGGUUCUUUGUACAUGCUUUCAAAAUACCCUUUCUGUAACUAACCCUUCACUACACUCGAAAGGUGUAUACAGUAUGGCUUAAGUGUUUGAAUAUUUCUAAAAUAGGGUUCUUCACUCCUAGCUUGCUAUUCUUUCUAAAAUACAUUAAGUAACCCAAAAAUAUCAGCUCUCUAAUGUCCUUUUCUGUACAUUUUGAAGUUGAUAUAUUUUUUGCAAGCUUUUUUCACAAAAUCAAGUUGAUAUUCUAAGUCAGCUAGUAAUGUUGGUACCUUUUAGCUAGAAGAAAAGCAGAGUGUCAUUGAUACAUAUUUUAAAUUAUGAAGUGAUUUUUUUAAAAUUAUGAGAACUGUUUAUGGUUGGAGAACUGAAGUAUUCAGUUCAGAUGAUUGUUGUAGAUAACUUUCUUACACAGCCAAACUCAUGGAACACGCAAAGGUGGACAGCGUGAACUUCAUGGAAAAUAGGCUUGUUAAAACAAGUAAGUGGACUUCAGUCUGAGUUCUUUAGUCUUUUAGAGCUAGGGUAAUUGUGCUGAAAUUAGUGGUUUAGUUCAAAAAUGAGUUACCAAAAGCUAUUUUCAUAUAAUUGGGAGCAUGUAUGAUGUCAUCACUUCAGUACAGGAGGAAUAAAAUAUAUUUUUCAACUGUCAGUUCUGUUGAAUGUUGGAGCUUGUUCAUUGUUUAGUGUCAGGUGCUGAAUCUUCUCCAUUUUGCUUUCUUCUCAGUGUCCUGGGGUGCAGCCAGUUAUGGCACUCACCCCUCUGUUCUACCAACAUAACAUCUAGUUUCUGUUAAUAGGGAGCUCGUGCUAUCCAUUUUUAUAGACUCAAGCUGAGAAGCCUUGUAUGAAGUAACUGAAUCAUGCUUUUCUCCAUUCCUUCUUGCUCUGUCUUGGCUUUUAAUCUAGUCACUUUUUUAAUGUAACGACAAGUCUUGUGAUCAUAUUCCACACUUAAGUGUUCUUCCAUAUAUGAAAAAUACAAGAGUGCUCUCCCUCAGGUUCAGAUCUUCACGCUCCUCUCUUCAUGAGUCGAAGUCCCAGCCCUGUCUUCUGUAACUGGAGUACUCCCUUAGAUCAGCUUUUCCUCCUCUGCACCUCACAGCAGGUGCGAAGUGGAUGAGUAGCGCAGGCCAGCUCAGUCAGAUGGAGUUAUGUUGGAUUAAGAGCAACCUUUAUUUAUUAAGAUAUAAUGUUGCUCUCAGUAGACAGAAUAACAUGAUUUCUAAUAUUGCAGUUGUAUGGGGAAGCUAGUUUGUUUUAGUGAUCCGUUUCUAUUCCUGCACAGUAAGAGGAUCUGCUGGCUGCUUUCAGUAGCUUCAAACUCUUGCUGCAGUUGUGAAGUAAAGGAAUGGUUGUAGAAGUUUGUAGCUGACACUACUUGUGUUGUGCUGUCAUAAACAGUGAUGUUAAAAUUCUGAUUUUGGGGCUCAGUUUUUUGUUUUCUCUUUGUAGGAGCGAGAGAAGGUGCAAAGCACUAGACUUGGAAUUAGUUCUUAAUUUGCUGGUGUUCAGGGUCACAUGGGUUUUCCAGUGUUGGAGAAAUAUUUAAGAAAAAAAAAUACUUCGCUUUUUUAGUCAAGCAGGUUUUUUUCAGUGAAAAUGUGUGAAAAUGAUGAAACAUUUCAGAGAAAUUUCAAACUGUAUUUUGAAUGUGUUACAGAAAUCACUUUGAAGGCUUAGCAGGACGUUACAUAUUGAAGUAUUCAAGGCUACUGUAAAAAUAAGAUAAGGAAAAUAAGGUAGACAAAACAACCAAAAACGUUGUGGAAUUGUGUGUCUCUCACUGGCAGCUUAAGCUAAAACAAUUUGUUUAAAAUAUGAUCUUUUCAGUUGUUUACAUUGAUUUUCAAUGCAGCUUUCUUUCAAAUACCUUGAAUGUCCCUCCUGUAAAUAGGAGAAAAUGGAAGAUGUUUAAAAACUGUGUACUCACAGCUGUGUCUUGGUACAGUCCUUUCAAAUGAUUAAUAAAACAUCUUAGAAAAGGGGCUAUAUACUACCUUUUUUUUCCCUAGCUCCUUCGGAACAAUAUAACAAAACAAAAACAUAAUGGUAUAUCUAUGCAACCAGGUUACCCACAACUGUGGUAACUGCUUGUGUGUGUGCCUUUGCCUUGCUGAACUUACUUCAUUUUUUUGAUAUUCAGUUACUUCAUAUCACAAUAGGAUUGAAACCUUACUGUUGUGUAAUAAAUCCACAUUUGAGUUUAUUUUGUGGCUGCUUGUUGAUGGCUCUGUACCAUAAAGUAGUGAGAUUGUCAGUUUUUGAUAUUAGACAACUUCAGCUAGCUUGUCUGACUUAUUUUAAUGUUAAAGAUUAUGCUGCUUUUACAAUGUUCCUGGCCAUUCUUCAGCUAUUUGGAGGGGUAGACAACAAUUCCACGAUCCUGUGUAUUUGAUUUUCUGAGUAUGAAGUCUUGCCAUGAGCCUUGGGGCUUUGGAGGAAUUUAAAAGUAAAGGGAGAUGAGACUGAUUAGAUUGCUGUGAAGUAAAUGUUGAAUAAGCUUAUCUUGGUGGCUAUACACAGCCUGUUAUAUAGUUACAAUCUUAUACCAGGCUUCCUAACUCCAGUACCAGAAUAGAUUUCCACUAUCAUUUUUUUAACAAGUAAACAUAAAAGCUUGAUUGACAUAAUUAAUGUUACCUCUGUGGGACCAUGAUGUAAAAAGGUAAGCAGGCUCAGCUGACUUGGGUGGAAAUACGUGUUAGAAACAAUGAAUUUUUGCCCUUCUGACUUUACUCUGAGAAUUGCUGUGUAUUUCAGUGAGGCCAGGAUUUUGUACUGGCUGCUUCUGUAUAUAGAUCUCCUGCCCUCUCCUGGGGAAAAUGGUUUCUCGCUAGAAGCACUCGUGUAUGAGAGCUGGUGUUCAGAAAGUUUUAACAGUUACAUUUUUAAUGUAUAUAUUUUUCUCAAGUCUUGUGGAAAUGCUUGAAACUGAAAGUUACUCUUAGAGCAAUAUUUGAGUUUCAUAUCCUUCCUCCAUUCACGUUCUCCUCAAAACAUUUUCUCUUUCCUGAACAACUCUGGCUUCUCACUCCUACAUUGCUAGUGUUUCUUGUAAGUUGACUGUAUGUGUUUGCAGAAGUUAAUUUCAAUAAAUGGUAUGUGCUUUUAUGUAACCUUAUUACCAGAUAAUAUUUCAAUAUUUAUGCUUAUCAGCAGGCACAUCUACAGUGAAACAUUGCUUGAAAUGUUGCAAGAUGGUAUUGCUCUACAUUUUUUUUCCUUGGUUACUAAAACUGGUAGUGUAUGGUAGCAUUAGACUUCAUUCAUUUGAAUUCCAAAACUGAAAGCCAUGAAAAGCCUCAGAUGAAAGGAGAGGGAAGGGAAGGAAGAACAAGAACUUUAACUUUCUUGAUUGCAAUGGGAUAAAAUGAUCAAGUUGCCUUUAUGGAGAUCCUCAGAGCCAAAAAAUAGUGAAAUUUUGUUAGUAUAAUCAGCAGUUGUGUACAGAAAUAAAUUUUGAAGCUGGUGACAUGUAUAGAGAAGAGAAUAAUUUUUGUAGCUCUGGUAGAGUUCAUUUUGAAAACUGCUUUACUUGUAUGGGACAAUUUGUAAAUGUAACUGCAAGUGGUAAAUAAAAUUGUACAGACGCUUA